UCCCCCCCCCCCCGCAGAUGCGCUUCAUGCUGCUCUUCAGCCGGCAAGGGAAGCUGCGGCUGCAGAAGUGGUACCUGGCCACCUCCGACAAGGACAAGAAGAAGAUGGUGCGGGAGCUCAUGCAGGUGGUGCUGGCCCGCAAGCCCAAGAUGUGCAGCUUCCUGGAGUGGCGGGACCUCAAAGUCGUCUACAAAAGGUAUGCCAGCUUGUACUUCUGCUGUGCCAUUGAGGAACAAGACAAUGAGCUGAUAACGCUGGAGCUCAUCCACCGAUACGUGGAGCUGCUGGACAAGUAUUUUGGCAGUGUGUGUGAGCUGGACAUCAUCUUCAAUUUCGAGAAGGCCUACUUCAUCUUGGACGAGUUCCUGAUGGGGGGCGAGGUGCAAGACACCUCCAAGAAGAGCGUCCUGAAGGCCAUCGAGCAGGCCGACCUCUUGCAGGAGGUAGAGGAGGAUGAGUCACCCCGUAGCGUGCUGGAGGAGAUGGGGCUGGCGUAGCCACUCACCGCGCAGUCUCAGGCCGCUCCCCCCCACCCGCCACUUGGCCCUCCCCCUGCCGCCCAGGGGGGCACGAGGCGGGGGCUGCCCACACGCUCCACAGCCGGUCGGUUGUGCGGGAGAAAGCAACUCUGGGGGGGGCCCCCACAAACUGUACUGUGUAAAUACUGGCGACCCUCAGCCUGCUCUGUGGGGAGGGGUGCCCUGUGUCUACUGGAGGGGGGGCAGGCCGGCUCGCCACUGCCACUGCCCCGCCCCCGCCCGUUUUUCCCACUGCCCCCUGGCCCCAAUCUGCCUGUAGCAGAGCGUAGCUGCUCCUGCCACCCCCAGUCUGUGAUUCAUCCUGGCCGUGAGCAGAGCGGGUGACAGACGAGGGGGGGAUGAGCUCUCUGCCGCCUUGUGGGGGGCCCCAGGCCUGUGCCCACGGGGGACUUUGGGAAAAGCCCAUUGGCUGGCCACCAGCAGCAGAGGGGCUGUGCUCUGGACGCGGGGUGGGAUUGGGCGGGGGUGUUGUGUCUCCUUUCUCCCAGCCCAGGAGUGGGGUGCAGCUUGCCUUUCUUUGGAAUAAAGUGUGUGUGGAAGACUGA